UCAUGCUUUCCACUUCAUUGAGAAGCCAUUCUCUGUAAUUCUCAGGUCUUCUGUGUUCUUCAUUUUCUCCUUCAACUAGUUACACACUGUUCAUUACCAGAGAUGAUUAUGAGGAUGCUAUCAUGUAUCUUCGUUCUAUUGGGAGCGAUUUUGACUGACCUUCCUGCUCACGGUCUGAGUUUCAGUACUUGUGAAAGAGAUGCAGAUGCUGAGCAACAAAAAUAUAAUGUUUCUGCAGUAUCCCUGUUGCAAAAUGAGACUCAUGAUGAUGUUGGUGAGAAGCCUCUACUUCCUGCCGAAGAUGGAGACAAUUUUCACAGCCUCGAGCAAAGCAGUCUUCCGAGCGGAUAUGGUAAGCUGAUUUCAGCUUAUAUAGUGAGCCAUAUGCAAGUCGAUGAUUGUAGUGUCUACUGUGAGGGUUUGAGGAAUGGAGUCGUUGUCAGACGGUUUCCAAUUGUCUGGCUAUCACCUCAACAGGACAAUAUUUGGCAUAUUAUAGAGUUUGAUACGAAAACUUCCCCCAAUGAACUCACCUGCUCCUUCGGGUGGACAGACAAAGUAUUGCUUUAUAAACUUUACCAGGAGACUCCUCACCACGACCAAGAAGCGAACUCAAAAUGGUUACUGGACGAAAGGGGUCUUUUUUAUUAUAAGGUUCCCAUUGGUUAUGUCAUUGUGAAACCAUGGGUCUAAGUCUAGUGAAGGUUCUAGUCUUCAAGUUAGUAGUCAGUAGUACAGCCUCAUUAACAGAUGCGUUCAUAACUCACUUACAGGCUUAUAUUUCAUCGGAUUUCGACAGAUUUGUCGAAAUCCGGCUAAGCUGUGGCAAAAACGUAAGUGUAUGCAGAAAUGGUCACUAACUUGCCAAGACUGUUUCUCAAAGGGGAUAUUCGAAUGGAGAUUUUAUUUGAGGUUUCAGAUGGAUAUAUUACUUGCUGAUUCUAGUACAUGGCACGUUAGUGUCCAGGAUAAGCUUUAUGGAUUUCCUUUUAAUCAAAUAACCAGGAAACAUAUUGUAAGUAUGAUCGCCGUUGACAAGAUCAUAGUCAAUGUCUCCACGAGUUGAAGCUAACCAGUGAAUCAACUACAGAGACAAUGGCCUUUUCUCACAGUUCCUAUGGUCCAUAGCGCAAGAUAAACACAUCUUUGUUGAGCUCCUUUGUAUGCCGAACUCAUGGUCUUUGUUAUACUUCU